AUGUCUUCACCAACUUCCUCGUUGUACAGCAACUACUCUACCGAGGCUUCAUCAUCUCGUGGCUCAACAUGUGCUUACCCAUCAUGGCCUACCGGUCCAUCGCUGGACCACCGCAGUGCACCAUCCUCUUACAUUAGCGAUGCCGACCUCUUUGGUGAGGACUUUGACGACGACUUCGCCUGCCCAUUCCUCGACAAGGCUCCUGCUCCACCACGCGUCUACCCCAUGGCACAGGCAAUGCCCGUCUUGCCACCACUGUACGCGCCCAAGAAGCCAAAGAGCGAGCGUCGCCGCAGCAGUGGCAAGCAGCGUCGCACUUCCAAGCCCAUGACUCCCAUCUCCGAGUCACCAGAGCAGGUUGAAUGA